GAUGCCUCCCAAAGGGAAAGGCAGCGGCAAGGGGGGCAAGGGUGGCGAUGGCGGCAAGGCCGAGGCCAAGGCGCAGGGCCCCAAGGGUGGCGGCAGCGCCGUGAAGGUGCGGCACAUCCUGUGCGAGAAGCACGGCAAAGCCAUGGAGGCCAUGGAGAAGCUGAAGGCCGGCGUGCGCUUCAGCGAAGUGGCCGCGCAGUACAGCGAGGACAAAGCCCGCCAAGGGGGAGACUUGGGCUGGAUGACCAGAGGCUCCAUGGUGGGACCUUUCCAGGAUGCAGCAUUUGCCUUGCCUGUAAGCAGCAUGGACAAGCCUGUAUAUACAGACCCCCCUGUCAAAACAAAGUUUGGGUACCACAUUAUCAUGGUGGAAGGCAAGAAAUAAAGUCUGAAUGACCA